AUGUUGCACGGAGCGCAAUCUCCCUCCACCUCGACCUCGGCAGCCCCGGUUGCUACCGACGGCAUAGACAAGGCGAGGAGGUUGCGGCGCAAGAGAAAGGCAGAGACUCAGGACAAUGAGCGUCUUUCUAAGCGCCUGAGUCUGCUUAACAUUGAGCAAAGCGGCUCUAAGCUGUAUGUUCCUGUCGAGGAACCAUCAAUUCCAACGCCAUCAAUUCCCAAUGCUACGCCCUCUUCUUCGUCCUCUGCUCCCGAUCCUUUAGUUUCCAAUGAUUCGAUGCAACUCGAUGAUUCUAAACACAAGGUUUACAUCUACAACAUCGACGAUGAGCUCUCCUCCGACAGCGAAUCCGACGAUCCCGGCAAGCUCGUUUUUCUCUCCGACAUUGAAAAGCACCUGCGCGUAAAUCGAAUACCUCCUGCCGUCCUUGCCAACAGCGAUGGCGAGCUGGCGGGCAUGCAGCUUGUACUCUACAGCGAUCCCAAGUCGCUGACGGUGCCCGAGGACAAGGAUAGCGUGCGCAAGGCUAUCAUAGAGUCGAGGCACCGCGCGAGGGAGCAGCAACGACUAGAAAGGGAGGGCAAGACGAACACACCGAGGGUAGACCGUGACUCGACGAACGAUACGAUUACACCUCAAACAUAUACAGAUGACGAUCCAGAUGCCAUGGACGUGGAUUAG